GUUCGGAGACGACAAUUUCACCACUCAUCACCUUUCAAGCAGAAGGCUAUUGUCCAGAUGAGUGCAAGAAUGGUUGUCCCGCUUGCAACACCGUUUGCAGAGCCUGCAGUUUUUGCAACCCGGAGGCUGCCGGGCCGUUCGGAAAAGCAGCAGAGUACUGCAAAGCGGAUGUGAAGGCGUCUACAAAAGGGCAAACACUGCAUUGGACCGUGCCACCUACGCAUGGCAAAGAGACAGUUGGCACCAUCGAGAUGGAGGUUCGCUGCAGAACUCCUUGCUUCGAGGUUUGGUUCUCAAACGUCCCCAGCUUCGCAAACUACCAGACCCAGAUUGUUCGAGACACCGAGCUAGCCUUGCCCGAGGUGGAAGCCUUUGCUUACGCCAGGGUGAGAGCUUUGCAAUAUUCUGAGGUGUCGGGUGAAGCAGCCCACAGUGCAUGGAGCAAUACGAUCAUUUGGGGCGAUGACUCUGAUGAGGCAACGAUUCCUCCAUCUAGCACAGUCACGACUCAAACCUUUACCACUGCAACAACUGUGACAGUGACAACGUUCACCAUCACCACUACAGCUACGACUUUGCCGGCUGGGUUGCCCACAACCAUGGAGCCCAUGUGGUUUCUUCCAGAAGGGCAAUUGCCGGAGUCGCCUGAAAAAGAUGGCGAUCAACCUGAUGGCAUCGAGGCAACGAUUAGCUUUGCUUCAACACCUCAGGCAGUCCUGGGCAUGAGUUCUGUGGCAAAAACGCAGGCUUUGCAGGCAAGCCUUUCCUCCAUGCUGGAAGUGCAGACUGGCAAGGUGAAGGUUCUGGCGCUCCGAGCAGCCAAAGUAUUGCUGCCUCGCGACCAGAGCCAAGUGAGUUUUACGCCUUCGCUCCGGUCACGCCGGUUAAUCAGCAUGCAGCACUUGACGGGCGAAGUGCAGGCAGAUUUUGUGGUGCUUUGUGCUGAUGCCAAAGAGCGUCACACCAUUACAGCAGCAAUCCAGGCCAUUCUGCUGGAUGAAAGUGCCAAGCAGCGGUUUGUCAAUGCUUUCAAGGCAUUGUCCAACUCGCCCGUCGAGGUUGACAGCGUGCAAUGCGCAAUGGUCGAUCGGUACCGUAGCAAGAGGUAUCAGAUGAACGGAAAGGUUCUUGUUGCCGCCACAAGUCAGUGGAUUGCGCUGUUUUGCCAUGGUGCUAUGGUGUCCCAUGUCGGGCGAUGCACUGAAGAGGCUUUGCCAAAGGAGUGCCUGUCAGAGGGCCUUGCAAAGAUCUCUCAAGACUUGUUGAAUCAAAGUUGCCGUUUGUGCCCUGGUGCACGUGACUCGCGUGUAGCAGCAGAUGGACAUUUGCAAGGCGAGACCGAGAGUACUUUCGAGUUCGGCCCUGGUGUUUGCCUAGAUAUCUCACAGACUGGCGCCGAGGCAAUGGCAGACUUGGCCCUUCAAGCCAUAUCAGCAAGGCAGAGGUGUCCCUUGAUAUUUUGGACUGGCUAUCUCAUCACCAUGCAGUAUGCCAUUGGCACCCGGCCAUCGGAUAUCAGCUCCCACCUGCUCUCCUUAGCCACGGUGUCGUCAUUUUCUGCCGGCGAUAGCUUCGAUCUUCAUCCGUUUCCCUUUUGGUCGGAGUCCAGAUCUCUUCGAGAUCAAAUCUUGUUCCAUGUCAACUUCAUGACAGGAUCUGGCCUAAUUUGUGAUGAUGUUGGCAAGACUGGGUCAGCAAGAGGCCGGUACAUCCUCCGCGCAGCACAGGACCGAAUGGAGACGCAUUGCAGCGUCAGGCUCAGCGAUGCCCAACUCGUAAAGCGAUGCAGGCAAAAACGCAGAUCGCAAAGUUCGAAGGCCAUGCGAGGCUGGGAAAUUGGCCACGGUGUUGUGAGGCCGUUCCCAACGCCACGUCAGCCAGAGGAAUUGCUGAAGCAGAUUCAGUGUCCAACGGAAGCCCAAGAGGCUGAGUUCUUUGCCAGUUGGCCAGAAGACUGGCGCCAACGUAGCGAAACGGCUUUGCAGAAGUACGCAAAUCGCUCUUCUGGAAGGCGUCAGGUUCUGGGCAGCGGCUGUGAAGAGCCGAGUUCUGAAUGGCGUGAAGAUUUGCGCCCACUGCACAAGUGCGUGCUAGUUGUUGUGCUAGAACGUCUACAACUCGCUCCAGGUUCCCUAGUAUUGGACUGGGGCACAGGUUGUGGACACAAGCUGACUUGGGCUGCGCAAUUGUAUGAUAUUUUCGGCGUCGGGCUUGACCUUGUGGAAGGCAAUGUGAAGUGGGCACGCGAGCAUUCCAUGGGACUCUUUUGUCAAGUGGAUGGUCGGUAUGUCGACUGGCUGCCUGAGAGCACAUUUGAUGCGGUCAUUUCUUAUGCAGCGCUUUGCCAUUUGCAUCCUGAAGAUCAGUGCGCUGUUGUGCGCAAGCUCGUUGGGAAGGUGGUCCCUGGUGGGCAGCUGUGGUUUGGCUGGAAUUCGCCCAUGAUCGGGGAUAUGGAAGGCGUGGUUGAAAAACCCGAAUUUUAUUCAGACGAGUUCUGGAAUACCUGCUUCAGCCAGGCCAAAUGGAAUGAGACCAUUCAGUGGGAGUCUGUGCUCGAGAGCCACCUCUUCCCCGAUGACAUUACCAACCACGAGUCCUAUUUGUUUUGGUGGCCAGCCUACUCUCUUUUCAUCAAGCGCCUUCACGCACCAACACCAAGCGCCGAAGUGGAAAAGAAAUACCUGGAUCACUAUUUCUUUUGUGACAGCUUCACUGCAGCUGCAAUGAACAUUGCAUUGCAAAGUCUAUGGGGACCUGAGUUGUCCUGA